CUUCCUUCUUCCCUCACCUUUCUUCUUCUUAGUUCUUCCCUCUUUCCCAUCGCUGCAGAUUCGUUUAUUUACUUCUUUCCCUUUUCGUUUAUUUCUAAUCUCUCCCUCUCCUUCUUCUCCUUCCUCUUCUUGUUUCUUUCACCUUGCUGUAUACUGAAGCCCAACACCCUGUUUCAACUUCCCUUUCUCGCCCCCCGUCAUAAUAAUUGUACAGUUUCGAAUCUUUCCAGCGGUUAGCAAUUCACCCAGAUCAGUUCUGCCACCAAGAAGCUAAACGAGUCAAGAGUCUUCAUCAGUCCUUUGUUUCCUAGAGAACACUACAAGGUUCAAAUUUCUUCUCCAGCUUGUUUGAGCUGUGGUUGAUAUUGGGAUAACAACAAAUCCUGUAGCUCCCUGGAUUCUGGGAACUCAGUUGUUGUUAAAUCCGCAAAGACAUGGCCGGGGUACAAGAUCAGUUAGAGAUCAAAUUUCGAUUGACAGAUGGAUCAGAUAUUGGUCCCAAAAGCUUUCCCACUGCUGCAAGUGUUGCAACUUUGAAGGAAACUGUUCUUGCUCAAUGGCCUAAAGAGAAAGAGAAUGGUCCACGGACGGUGAAAGAUGUGAAGUUGAUAAGUGCAGGAAGGAUAUUGGAGAACACACGAACCAUAGGGGAAUGUCGCAGUCCUCUAUGUGAUGUUCCUGGUGGGGUCACAACCAUGCAUGUAGUUGUUCAACCCCCAUCAAUAGAGAAAGAUAAGAAAGCAGCACACCUACCAAAACAAAACAAGUGUGUUUGCGUCAUUUUAUAAUUGGCAACAGUAAAGCAGAAAGAACAGUCAGAGUUCCAGGUAAAAAAGACAUUGGAGCUGUUACAAGAUGAACAUUUCUGUGAAUUGGUUUUCAGGGGCAUUGGGGUCAUCAGGAAGGCGCAUUUGUCACAGGGUCUUUUACUUGAGGCGCAAGCUUUGCCUCCUACAAAGAAACAGUUGUGUGUGUCUCUGUCAAUUCAGUAUACAAUGAUUGUGAUAAUGUGGGCAGGGAAUGAAUUGGAUUUACACUUGUAUGCAAGCGAACUACGGCCAACAGGUUUCCUUUUUUGUGGUCAAGUCACUUUCUCAUUGAUAUGCACUAUCCGUUCGACGGUUUUGGGUUCUUCCCAAAACCAGUACCCAAAUUCAUUUCUGUUGUUGAAAGAGUUAGUUAAAUGGUUGAAUCGGAUGUAGGAUGCAUCUUUUUCUGAUAAAUUGUGAAUUAAUGCAAUGCUAUACAUUGAGCUGCGAGUUCAGUUUUUAAGUGUGGUUAACAAACG